CGUUCGUGGGCAGUCGGUAUAGGAGUCAUCGAUCAGUGAGUCUCCUUUACACGUUCCCUAUCAUGCUCCUUGAAUUGAGCGGAGACCGAAUCGCAUCAGCCCAGUUCUAGGGGUCACCCCGAGAAAAGCAGCACAGGGGACGAGAUACUCGUAGCAAAAGAGAAGCAAGACCAAGAAACGCGCGGACUUGUAGGCGCAUAGAUAUCCGAAACGACGGCAGGCGGUCUCAAACCUUCUCACUGUUACAGCUGCGCCCUUCGUCUCGAUCAAAAGUUAUAUGUCGAGGCAGUCGCUCGUUAGCUAAUCGUCUGUGGAAACGCUGCUUGAUCGUCCUCAGCUCCAAGCUGCCCCUCGUGCUCGACCGACCGCUCACCGCUAAGCCCACACGACACGCCGUGUAACCCUGUGUGAACUCGUCCCUGGCCCAUGAAGACAGCGCAUAUAUGAGCAGGAAACAGUCAGCACAUCCCCCAUGUCGUGGAGACCGGUCAAGAACAUCGUACAUGCUGUAUGCGUGCAGCGUUUUGAAGCGACCCACCCGAACGAUGUCGCUCUUGAGAUUGGCGACGAUGUCUACGUGACGGAAAUAGGUGGAACUACUCAUGAGUGGUGUCGAGGAUGGCUACUAUCACAACCUUCGAUCCUUACUGGUCUGGAAUGUCAAAACGGCCAAGCGCUGAUGCCGCGAGCAUACGCUGGAAUCUUCCCUCGCAACUGCAUUGAGAUCCGCGAGGUCUUGACUGAAGACAGCCAGACUGCUGGAGAAGAGAAGGAACAAUUGGAUACUGCUCAGGCAAAUGGAGGUGCGCAGAAUGGAGACAUUGCCCCGGAAGUGCCGCCAUUUGCACCAAGCCGAGGAAAGUCGAAGAGACGGACACGUCUGCUACCACGCAGACCAAACGAUGCGCACCUGCUGCCUGUGGACGUGCAGCCUAGGCCGGUGGGUGCUCUCAAAGACGAGGCUCCUCUGCCUGCCCUCCGUAUCGGCGACGCGACCCCCUUUUCGAAUGAAGAACCUCUGGUCGACGAGAUCUCUUCAUGUCUGCGCGAAUGGCAUUCUACUCAUGUACAUCAACUAGUACUCAACCACGAGUACGACCUUUUGGAAAAGCUGUCAGAUUUGGCUGGAAGAUUGGACAAUGCUCGCAAGCAGUUGAUACACGAUCUUCUAACAGAGAAAGAGCUUGCAUCUUUGAGAGAGAGGACAGUAUGGGAUUUGGUCGACGGAAACAAGCUGCUCCAUGGCGAAGUCAUAGUCCGGAGUCCACAAGAGAAAGGUCGCAUCCUCACCGCACAGGACAGCAUCCCAGAAAUGCUGGAGCUGCAGGCGUUAAUGAGCAUGCGCGAUAGGCCUCCUCCACCUCCUGCUCAAGAGUCUUUGGUUUCACACUUGCUGGUUGAUUUAAAACAAACUGGCGAUAUGAGUGGAGAGUCUGGGGUAUUGCACAUGUAUUUGUGUCGUCAAGCAUCAGAUUCAGUCCCACGUGCUGUGUCCGAGGUUUUUGCUGUUGAGGUGCCUUUCGAUCGUCAUUCUCUCGAGAGUCUUACACCAAACCAAUUGCCAAAAACACUUUUCACAGACUUGACCAAAGCUGAGAUAGGAAGUGCUACAGAUCCAAGCUCCCAUCUAUAUCUUGUCUGUCUGCUCCAUCGCGAGGAGGCUCCUAGAAAAAGAACCAUCGCACCUUCUCCCGCGGUGCCUCAAGGAGAACGUCCGGAAUCCCAUAGCCGUUCUGAGAGUACGGGAGCACGUCGCAGCUUCCUCUGGGGUAGUCAACGGGGCCGGAAGACCCUAGAAAGAAGCACUUCCCAGGACCAAGCACGACCUCCAACUCGAGAAUCUUCACGAUCGAAAUUGAGAGGUCGACCACAGACGCCUGUGACAGCGGACACCCAAGGACGUCCCCCGACUGCAGAAAAGAAGUUGCGGCGUGUCAUUGGCUAUGGCGCCAUAGAAAUUGGCGAGCUCAUUCGUCAACAUGGCAAUAUCAUCCACAAUAUUUCAUUGUGGACCCCUGCUGAGGCAUUUGAAGAAGUCAUUGAGGAACCUACCACUGGAGUUGAUGGUUGGGAAGAGGUCAUCAAGAAUCUUGUCCGCAGUCCAAUGGGAAGCUUCACCAAGGCAAGCUCGGUUGGAAACUUCCAACUCGAUCUACAUGCUUUUGCUCACGCGAAUGCGGAUGCGCUGAUCAAAGAUCAUCCCGCAUUACUAAGAGACGUCUAUUGUACUCAAGCACUAAAUCUUUCUUCCGGAUCAGCUCAACAAAGAAGCGACGUGUAUCUGACACUCAAAGAAUCCAUCCUCCCAUCUGGCGCUCGCUGCUUCCAUCCUCAAGAAGGAAGCGUAUUGAUACCCAAUGAAGCAGAUUUAAGAAAUCUGCAGCUGACACUUGAGGUGCGCACCGAAUCAGGAAAGCGAAUUGAAAGCUCGAUCUGGCCGACUUCGAAUCGACCACCUCAUACUGCUUUCAGGACUUCUGCUAUCGACCGUAAUGAGAUCUGGAAUCAGACCAUUCGCUUAUCAGUCCCCAACGAAGACCUUCCGCAUGCUCAUGUUGUCCUUAGUAUUGCUGAGGGCAACCAGUUCCCUUUCGCACUGGCUUGGAUACCUCUUUGGGAUCAUCAGGGUGCUGUAUGUACCCAUGGCCAACAAACGCUGGCUCUCUGGGACUACAGCGAAUACACUGCUAGCACUGUUCAUGGUAGAGGCGCAUAUCAGAUGCUACCAUCUUGCUUGGAUCAACUACAAAUACAAGACAAUACGCCAAUGGCGGCAUUGUCGGUAGACGUCACGCUGAGUAGUAGUACUACACCUCAAGAUCCCACCAUCAGCUCUCUUCUUCAAUGGGACGGAACAACUGUACAAGGUCUCAUGCCUUUGCUAGGAGGUUUCAAGCAAGCACCGGAUGCAGAGAUCGUCAAGUUUUUCAAGCCUGUGCUGACAGCACUUGACAAGAUUUUUGAUGUCUUCUACCGUGUGGUCGAUGACACUGGAACUGGAGUAAACCUUGGAGAAAACUUCACCGAGCGGGCCUUGUCGUGUCUGGUCCACAUGCUUCAUCUCACGCGCGAUCGUCGAUUCAGUAGCACAAAAACUCUGUUCGAAGAAUACAUCCAAGAGCGCCAACACUCACACGAUGCCUCCAAAGGUGUCUGCAGAGCUUUACGCGCCUUCAUCAGCAGACCUUACGAUGUCGAAGAUGCAAGAGAGCUUCGUAGCACCUUGAAAGUCUCUGGCCAGGUAAUGAAGUUUGUCACGAACCGCGGCCAACCUGGGUCACCCAAAAGCACCUCCUCUCUGAGCAAUGCUGUCUCUUCUGUUUCAGUCGCAUUGGUGAACCUGAUGAGAAACCCUAGAGAAGAUCUCUACGGCACACAGACUAUCCUUAUGCAACAAUUUUCUUCCUGGCUUCCUGAGCUUGCUCAUGUCAUGUCUGCUGAUGAUAUAUUGGACGUCGUCGAAGGCAUGAUGAGUGCAUCCGCCAGCAAGAAGGGUGGUCUGCGUAUACACAGAUUGAUCAUGGUCAAAGAAUUGUCUGGGCAAGGCACUUUCUCCGACCCUGAAGUGUUGCCUAAGCUUCAUGCCUUGACAAUCGGAUGGCUUGAAGAUUAUUGGCCAGAUGCUGCAAAUUUGACCGAGCAAAAGAUCGAGGGUGUAAGAAUGUGCUGUUCUAUUCUGCGUACGCAGCAAGCGCAAAUCUCAAUCCCGGCUCAAUCUCUGCACUACAUCUGGAGGUUGGUCGAGGCAUACCAUGUCAUCGAUGAAUUCAUGAAGGAUGGGGGUGAUGGAAGAGUAUCCUCGCUGUCCAUGAACAGGUCGAAGAAGUCACUCUCAUAUCUAUUCCCAAGCCACUACCCAUUUCUAAACAUGCCUGUGGAUGCGGCGAAUGUACCCUCUGAGGUUCUGAUGGAGAUUGCUGCUGUUCUGGACACUUUCUUCCAAAAUGGUCCUCCACAAGGCCAGCUUUUCACAAGCACAACUGCAUCGGACUCAAAGAUCAUGCAGCGAGAGUUCUUGGUGAAAGCUUUCAGAGUGUUCCAAUCUAUUCAUAAUGGAGAAGCUUUUCCAACGCAAUGGCUCAGUCUGCACGUUACGCAUGCCAAGGUAGCAGUUUCUGCUCUGCAGUGGCUGCUCGAAAUUCUCGCCACCAACUUUGUGCCUUCAGAAGAUGACACUGGCGUCAACGAUGUCAUGGAGUUCAACCCUGAUUUGUGGGAGCUCUGGUUCCAGAUCUUGAUUGAUCUAGCUCUUGGUAAGAUGGUGUCGAUGGAGACAUUUACUGAACAGACACGACGAGCAAUCUGGACGAUCGGUGGUGAUAUUCGUGCAGACGCUGCCAAUCUCCUCCAAAGAGGAUGGGCUUGCUUAGGUUGGCAGGCACCACCCGAGUAUCUUCAGGUUCUCCAUCCGAUGGACAGAGUUGGUGGAUAUCAGGUGGGUCUCUCUACUGAGGUCAUCCCGUCAGUCGUCAGGCUCUGCAUGGGAUUGCAUGACCAACUUCAAUCUGUUGGUCUCGACGUCCUUCGGUCUAUCAUUGUGAGCGAAUGGCAGUUGAAUGAGAACCUUGGCGUCGUCCAAGCGGCCAUCAUCAACGCAUUCGACACAAUGCACCGCGAAAGUGCCCCUAUCCAAAGUCCGUUUGCCUCAGCAUUCCUGGAGCGACUCGGAAAACACUUCGUCAUCAUCAAGAACACCGAGCUCCAUACGCUUUACGAAGCUGUUAUGAGUGUGAUUGCAGAAGUCGAUCGCCUGUUCAAUGUGUUGGCCGAUCUGGGCGAGGUGAGAGAUCCUGCUUCUCGCAUGGUGCAGCUGCUACGUCUGAUGGAGUUCUUGCGGUUGAGUGGUCAAGAAGAGGCAUACGUGUGUCGCAUUCACGAACUUGCUGAGCUCCACGUACAAGCCAAGAGCUACUCCAGCGCAGCGUGUGCACUGAACCUGCAUGUCGAGGUGUUGAAUGAGAGCCAACCUUCCAGAGUACUUUCUCCAGCCAAGAUCCCGGGGCUAGAAACUCCUGCAGAACUGGUUCAAUCGCGCAAAGACCGUCUGUACAGGACAAUGGCAACGUACUUUGAGAAAGGCUACUGCUGGGAAAAUGUCAUCAAGACUCUCAAACAACUUUCGGAAGGUCGAGAGGCGACUUGGGACGCAGCUGGUAUCGCACAAGUCCGCUUUGAUGAGGCACGCAUAUACAACACUCUGGCAGCCGGCCCUGUACCACUCCCUCGCUACUUCUAUGUUGCUUUCAGCGACCACGAGUUCUUCCCAGAGUCUGUUCGGAGCAGGCAGUUCAUCUUCGAAGGUCCCGCCAAUUGCGAUCGGAAGAGCUUCUCGACAUUGCUCCAAGUGCAGUAUCCUUAUGUCGCCAAUCUGGGUCCGGACUACAAGCAUCCGACAUCCUCGACACAAGAUCCAGCCGUCAAGAUUAGCCCCGUCACAGUGUACAAGAACCAACUCCAUCCCAUCAACCAACAAGGCGGCGUCGCACCCGGCUUCAGAGAACACGUUUUGACAGCUCAGCCAAUUGCAUUCGCAAUGACAUCCCGCCACGACAACCCAGCCAUCAGCGUCGUCGACCAAGUCGUCGAGAAAACAGUCUUCUACACCUCAACCGCAUUCCCAACACUCCUCUCAUACUCCCCUAUCGUUCGCGAGGAAAGAGUAAUCUUGUCGCCAGUACAAGCAGCCAUCGACCGCACCCAACGCAAAACCCUGAAUAUCGCAGUAGCUGCCCACUCCACAGCAUCCAAGGGCGAAUCCGCAGCAGAAACACUCAUCGAAUGUAUUCAAGCCAGCGUCGACACUUCUAGCACAGGCAGUGUGGCCGAAUACCACCGCCUCCUCGACUCCCUGACCUCACGUCCAGGCACAGGAAGCACCGCAACAAACACAAUGGCAGAAUCCAUCUACCACGAUGCCUUGGGCGGCGAAGUCAAGACCAAAGAAAGCCAGUUACGAGAUAUCCUCAUAACCUCCCUCGACGACCACGCCCGUUGUCUCGAAUUAGCCAUUUCUUCCCCCUUUAUCGCCCCCGCCAUCAAAGAACACCUCCGCACUUCCUUUGAACAGACCUUCCUCUUGGAGCUGCAUGUCCUCUACCCAUCACGGGAUUGGCGUCUUCGCUCCCCUGCAUGGCAGAAUACAGAAAUCCCUCAAGCAAGGGAAGCCAGAGAAAGAGCGCCAUCGGAAGUGUUGACGAUAGAUACACAACAGACCGAAUUGACGGCGGCGCAGAAACCUAGAGGUAGAAGAGCUAGUAUCAAGAAGAGGUUGAGUUUUUUGAGUUUGGGUGGGAGCGGGAAGGAGAAGGAGGCAGGCACGAGGAGUCAUAGUCGGGCGAGUAGUAGGACGAGAUUUUAGGGGUGAUAGGUGAGGGUGGUGAAGAUGUGAUGGAGGAUACAGAGAUGUGGAGGAAGAGG